AGACUGCAAAACGAAAGGAAAGCCGCCGGCCCUAGCUCGUUUCAGUGCCUCGCCUCUGCAGUCUCCACCACACGGACUUGCCACCAUGACGGCGGCUCCUCUUUUAUCGUUGACGGAUGCGGCGACGGCGACGGCGACGGCUGUGCUAGCCCCCGGCCGAGCGCCCACCAGAGCCCGCAUUCAGGCCGCCCCUCGCCACCCCGCUACCGUCUCGCUGAGAUGCCACCGCUCUCGGCCCCUAACCGCGGCCGCCGCCACGGGCGACUCGCCGUCGUCCGCCGCGUUCCACGGCGAGUGCUUCGUCGUCGGGGACAACAUCGACACCGACCAGAUCAUCCCGGCCGAGCACCUGACCCUGGUGCCGUCCAAGCCCGACGAGUACCGCAAGCUCGGCUCCUUCGCCUUCGUGGGCCUCCCCUCCGCGGCCUACCCGAUUCCCUUUGUGGCCCCCGGCGAGGAGUCGUCACGCUACGCCGUCAUCAUCGGCGGCGCCAACUUCGGAUGCGGCUCCUCCCGCGAGCACGCGCCCGUCGCGCUCGGGGCCGCCGGCGCGCGCGCCGUUGUGGCCGAGGGCUACGCCCGCAUCUUCUUCCGCAAUUCCGUGGCCACCGGGGAGGUGUACCCCCUGGAGCUCGCGGACAGCGGUGCCAGCAAGGAGUGCAAGACCGAGGAUGUGGUCACAGUCGACCUCGAUAACUCGGUCUUGAUUAACCACACAUCCGGCAAGCAGUACAAGCUGAAGCCUAUUGGUGAUGCAGGCCCGGUUAUUGAGGCCGGGGGGAUCUUCGCUUAUGCUCGGAAGACUGGAAUGAUCGCGUCCAAAUCUGCGUGAACAAAAAGUAAGCUUGAUCUGCUGUCAGAUUAGUUGAGCGCUUGCGGGUGGCAAGUAAGACUGGUUUAUGAAUAAGAGUCUUUGCACUUCUCUGGAGGUGUGAUUGUCCAGCAGUUUUGCUACUACUUUGACAUUGCCUUGUACCAGUAAUACUAGGCUCGAGAGUGCUGAACUUUGUUGUAGUGAGUGUUACACCCAUGUAAUAGUCUUGUUUACACCUGUUAUCUUUGAUGUCAAGUUAAGUGUACUCCCUGUUAAAAAAAAGUGUAAUCAAGCACUAGCUUAUGUUUAUUGAUUGCAGUGGUGGACUGUAUUCAGUCA